AUGGAUAAAGUGAAAAGAUAUACAAAGGACACGAAGAUAGGAGAGGGAACCUAUGCUGUAAUUUACAUGGGAAAGGAGUAUCUUGUAAACCCAGCAGACGCCUCUUCGGAUAUCAUCACAGAGACCCCUCCAUAUAAUGCGCUUCCAGGACGGCAGAUAGCCAUAAAGCGAGUCAAAAAAGAUGCGGCGCGGCUAGAUAUUGACAUGUCAACGCUAAGGGAGAUAAAGUACCUAAACUAUCUGAAAUCAGAUUACAUAAUCAAUCUAUACGAUACGAUUAUUCAGGAUAAACGCAUUCAUUUGAUUCUUCCAUACAUGGACAGCAAUUUGGAGGUUAUAAUACGCAGCAAAAAGCUCAUAUUCAUGCCGCAGGACGUCAAGUCCUGGAUGCUGAUGAUCUGCAAGGGUCUGCACGAGUGCCAUUCGCGGUUUAUUGUUCACCGAGAUAUAAAGCCCAAUAACAUACUUGUUAAUAGGAAUGGAGAGCUGAAGCUUGCCGAUUUUGGGCUGUCUGUUGACCUUGGGCUUCCGGUACGCAUGCUAACUCCGCAUGUGGUAACACGGUGGUACAAGUCCCCUGAAAUACUUCUGGGAUGCACCAACUACACAUUUGCCAUAGAUAUCUGGGCUCUUGGAUGUCUAUUUGCAGAGCUACUCCAGCGCAGCCCGUACCUUCCAGGGCGGUCGGAUUUGCACCAGCUAGAGCUAAUAUAUUCAACAGUUGGCACGCCCACCAUAGAAGAGUGGGAGAGCAUAGGGCACAACAAAGAUGGGCUGAAAAUGCCAUCCCAUGUGCCUAGGUGCAAUUUCGCAUCUUGCUUUGGAGCUGCAGGGCCCGAUGCAAUUGAUUUGCUGAACAAGAUGCUGGUGUAUGAUCCCACCAAGAGAAUUACUAUUUUGGAGAUUUUAAAUCAUCCAUAUUUCACGAAUUCUCCUGCACCCACGCCGCCGCAUCUACUUCCAUUUGACUCUCUUACGCCAGCAGAGUAG